GGUCCUAGUAGUAGUUGUUGGUAAGAGAAUCAAAAAAAAAUAAAAAUAAAGAUUCUUUAAUGCUUAUGUUUCCAUUUUAGGUAUGGAGGAUUUGCUAUGGAAUCAAGAUGUCACACUGGAAAGGUAAAAGGAAAAAAAAAAAAGAAGGAUAAAAAUGGAAAUGAAAGUCAACUUAUUCCUUUAUUAUAGAUGUGCGUAUGGGAUACAAUACAUGAUAAUGGAUGGCGACUUGAUUCUCGAACACAUAGAAUUUUGGAUGUAAUUGAAAAUAUUUUGAACAAAACAGAGGAAUUCCCAUUACCAAAUUGUAAGAAAGAAGUGGAUUGUGCGGACUGUGGACUUUGGCACUACGACGAUAGAAGGGAUGGAAAUCAUACAAUUACUCCUACAGCAACAUCUACUCAAACAGCCACUGAACCUCCUGAUGAUCCUUGGGCCUUUAUUACUUGAUUACUUUUAAGUUUGAAAUAGUUAGAUAGUUAGAUAUUCUUUUUUUUUUUUUUCAAUAAAGCAUUCUUUUGG